AGGAGGAGGAGGAGGAGGAGGACGUGGGUUGAGAAGCGUCGCGUGCUGCUGCGGCUAUAGGUCAUUAAGGCGCGCGGUUUGUUCGUUGCUGAACAGACGCAGAUCGGUGUGUGAAUGAGAGUUCUAGGCGGAGAGAGAGAGAGACGACAAUGAUCCGUAACUGGUGUGUCUGCGUGUGAGAGGAGAGAAGAGGAGCGGGAGUUGGAGAGACAGCGAGAGACAGACAUGGAGGACUCGGAGCCUGGUGGGGAAGACGGUAUGGUCAGCGGCUGGCGGUGGAAUAACCGGAACACCGGAGCUCGAGACCAGGUUCAGCUCAGGCAGAAGAUCCGGGAUUUACCAGGACUGUUGAAACAUGGACUGCACCUACGGAAGAAAAGCCAGUCACCUGAUACCAUCCCAGGACCCAGCACAAGCCCUACUGUUCACAAGUCCUGCUCCCAGAGUUUCCCCUGUGCAGGGCGUGCGGUGAGAAAUGCUUUCCUGUCUAAUGGGCCCUACCCUGCUAAAGACAAGAUUCACCUCGCCAGGAUCAUAAGGCGUAGCUACGUGGGUGUAGACCUGGUUCAGUGGCUGUGUGAGCAGUGUGUGUACGUGCGCUGUCGGAGCAUGGCCGUGCGUGUCUGGCAGGUCUUACUGGAGCUGGGCAUCCUGCUGUCUGUGGACCAGCGCGUGGUGUUUGGGGACUCUAACUCCUACUACCAGUUCAGCUUUGAGGAGUGUGAGUCUGCAGCCUGCGAGUUCUGCGGCCUGGAGAAGGAGGCGUGGCCAGAGGCUGUUAGGCUCCUCCUACAGCUUGUCCCAUACGUCCAGUUCAGAACUGGGUCUGAGGAGGACUCAGAGGGAAACAGAGAUGUCUGUGGGGACAGCUUUCUCCAGAUGAAAGCAUUAGAUAGGCUCACCUCCACGGUGCAGAAUGAGUUGGCUGUUGCUCUCGCCCGCAAGGCUCGCAAAGCCAUGGCAGAGCAGGGUGGCCCAGAGUCACCAGACGCCAUCCCCCGGGAGACACCCACACCCAGCGACGAGAACACCACGCCCCCCUCCUUACAGCUGGGGGGGUGUUCGCUCCGCGCCAACGUGGGGAGUGUGUGUGUGCGGCCGGACGGUGUGUGUGGCCGCGAGGAGCUGACCAGACUAGAGCUGGUCCAGAGACUGGCUAAGGACGGCUGCAGACUGCUGCAGAACCAGAACUAUAGAGUACCAGAUCACCGCAACCCCACCGGAGAAGUGGUAGGGAGGGUGUGUCUUAAGGAAAGGGGGCGGGAUGUCCUUGUGCUACAGAGAGUGCCAUCAUCAGUGACAUCAUCACCUAAUCCCGCCUCAUCGCCAUCAGGGGGAGGAGCAAGAGAAGAAGAUGGAGAGAAGAGGUAUGUGGUGGUGUCUGGAACACCACUGAAGAUUCUAGAACACCUGCUGAGUGACCUACGACUGGACGACCAGAGAGGAACGCCGGAGAGCAAAGAGUCUGAGAUGCUGCUGGAUGACUUCCUGUUGACGUACCUGGUGUUCAUGACGACCAACGACCUCUGUCAGGCCCUGCUCGGACACUACAGCAGUAAGCGUGUGCGUCAGGAGGAAGGGAAGGAGGCCCUCUAUAGGAAGAGGAAGGUAUUACACCUGGUCUCUCACUGGACACGCCUAUAUAAGGACUUCCUACGAGAGGACGAACACAUCAAGACAUUCAUGAAGACUCUCUCUAGGUGUGUGUUAGAGGAUCUCUAUGAGUUUCCAUCUCUGGAGAAAGACUUGAAGGAGUUCCAGAAGCUUCUACGACGCAGACACACUGUGGAUGAAUGUCCUCCACAGCAAAAGAGUAAACCUAUGUUCCAGCAGCUCAGUUUGAAAGAGAACAGUCUUCCGCUCCGUUCCCCUCAGGUUGACACCAAGGAGGUGUUGUGUCGUGUGUAUGUGAGUGCUGACUCCUACCUGUGUGUUUACACGCACUCUUUGCUGAGCGUCGCAGAGCUGCUGAGGGUUGUGGGUCAGAAGAUGGACCGACCAGAAGAGGACAUGGUGCUGGUCACACACACGCACACUGGAGAGAGGAGGGUGUUACAGGCUGGUCAGUGUGUGUAUUCUGAGACUCUGACGCCACAGAGCAAACUGAUGGUCUGUCAGAGGGACCUCACACAUAUUAUGGCCCCUCUAACAGACAGUGAGCUGAGUAGGAGAACAGUGAGGUUGCUGGGUAUCAACACCUGGGAUAUGGCUGCUGCUCUCACACAACUGGACUGGAACCUCUUCAACUACAUACACGAGCAGGAGUUGGUGUAUUCCACAAUGAGCUGUAGUACCGGAGGCAGCCACCGGGAGGGGCUGUCUGUAUUACUGCAACGCUGUAAUGAGGUCCAGCAGUGGGUCAUGUCUGAGGUCCUGAUGUGUGUUUCGCUCAACAAACGAGUCCAGCUGCUCAAGAAGUUCAUCAAGAUCGCAGCGCAGAGGUGUGAAUACUUUCUGAAGGUUCUGUGUAAUUCCUCUUUUGUGUUGUUCAGCUGUAAGGCCCAGAGGAACCUGAACUCAGCAUUUGCCAUCAUCAUGGGACUAAACACUGCAGCUGUCAGUAGACUCAAUAUAACCUGGGAGAAGGUUCCGGGGAAAUUCAAGAAGAUUUUCUCAGAACUGGAGUUGAUCACAGACCCGUCUCUGAACCAUAAAGCCUACAGAGAUGCCUUCAAGAAGAUGAAGCCUCCUAAGAUCCCUUUCAUGCCCCUGCUGUUGAAAGACAUCACCUUCAUCCACGAGGGAAACAAAACCUUUCAGGACAACCUGGUGAACUUCCAGAAACUGCACAUGAUCGCCGACAUAGUGCGUCUGAUUCACCACUGCCAAAGCGACCAACUGGGUAACGAGGUGGUGGGCAGUGACAAUCCUGAGGUCAGGGCGAGUGUUCACCACUUACACAUCAUCGACAAUCAACAGACACUCUUUCAACUGUCACACAAACUGGAGCCACGCGCCUGAACACACACACUCCCAGAGGAACUUUUGACCUCCACAGAACCACAGAAAAUACACUUCCUGUAUCAAAGGUGCCAUGCGAGCCACUGUCUCUCAGCCAAUCACAGUUCAACAUCCUGAAAUAGCCAGCCAACCACACUUCAGAAGACUGUUUCAGCCAGCCAACCACAGAGCUGCACACUGAGGCGGCGUUCAGACUGAAAAUGAAUAUCUGGCAAAACCUAAAUUCAGAUUUUUUUUUUUUUCGGAUUUUUCUAUGAGGGUCAAACGUUGACGGAUGAGAAAGCCUUUGAAGAGGACAGGCAGCCAUUCGUUAUUGUUCUGUGGUGAAUACAGUCGUUAAGCUACUCUCCAGUUACUGAGACUGCAUGUUGUUCUGUUUCUGCUCUGAAAUGAACCGUCAGUUUCACUGUAUUGAGGAUCGUCGGUAGGGGAAACGGUCAUGUGACUGCAGAUAUUAAUGGAUGGUAUAAAUGUACAGUGUGUAUAUAUGGACAGAGUAGACAUACAGUAGAUGUGUACUGUGUGUAUAUAUGGACAGAGUAGACAUACAGUAGAUGUGUACUGUGUGUGUAUAUAUGGACAGAGUAGACAUACAGUAGAUGUGUACUGUGUGUGUAUAUAUGGACAGAGUAGACAUACAGUAGAUGUGUACUGUGUGUGUAUAUGGACAGAGUAGACAUACAGUAGAUGUGUACUGUGUGUAUAUAUGGACAGAGUAGACAUACAGUAGAUGUGUACUGUGUGUGUAUAUAUGGACAGAGUAGACAUACAGUAGAUGUGUACUGUGUGUGUAUAUAUGGACAGAGUAGACAUACAGUAGAUGUGUACUGUGUGUGUAUAUGGACAGAGUAGACAUACAGUAGAUGUGUACUGUGUGUAUAUAUGGACAGAGUAGACAUACAGUAGAUGUGUACUGUGUGUGUAUAUAUGGACAGAGUAGACAUACAGUAGAUGUGUACUGUGUGUGUAUAUGGACAGAGUAGACAUACAGUAGAUGUGUACUGUGUGUAUAUAUGGACAGAGUAGACAUACAGUAGAUGUGUACUGUGUGUGUGUUCAGGCCACAUGGUGAGCCUCUGGAUGUUGCCAAAUGCCCAGAUGGGAAAGAGAUGCCAUAUUCGGUUAUACAGACGCACGGCUUUUCACAUGUCUCCAUAGUAACAACAACAGCCUGGUCCUGCCAUACCAUAAAAGGUCAUAACAUUACACAUUGUUAUUAGAUGUUAUAACAUGGUAUUAUAGAGAGUUAUUAUAUUGUUGUUACACUUUUACUGACUGAAGAGAUUGUUCUGUUAUUUCAAUGCCUGUUACACACAGAUUUCACUAAGCAACGUGGCCUGGGUUCAAUCCCAGCCAAUGCAUUUUACACUGAUCUAGAACAUUACCCCGUUAAGGCUUGGCGUAGUCACACUGACUGAUCUAGAACAUUAUUCUGUUAAGGCUUGGCGUAGUCACACUGACUGAUCUAGAACAUUACUCUGUUAAGGCUUGGCAUCAUCACACUGACUGAUCUAGAACAUUACUCUGUUAAGGCUUGGCGUAGUCACACUGACUGAUCUAGAACAUUACUCUGUUAAGGCUUGGCGUAGUCACACUGACUGAUCUAGAACAUUACUCUGUUAAGGCUUGGCGUAGUCACACUGACUGAUCUAGAACAUUACUCUGUUAAGGCUUGGCGUAGUCACACUGACUGAUCUAGAACAUUACUCUGUUAAGGCUUGGCAUAGUCACACUAGUACAUGCACAUGUAUCUACAGUAUUCAGGUGUUUAGGAGCAGGGCAGCACUGCUAUAAGACUAUUUAUUGUGAUAGUGACUGUAUUUAUGUUUCUCUAAAGGAGACAGACUGUGACGGUCCUGUGUGCCAGAUGAGACGGCAGCUGUAUAAAGACAAUAAUAAAAGUGUAAAGCUAUACAGGGUAACGGUGAGAUGUGUAAAGAUAGUGAACUGUGUAUACAAAGGUUUUAAGUUGGAGCUGAAAUGCUGGAAUGUUUCAAACAGGAGACAAGGAAAUGAUUGUUACUGUCCUGUGUGAUGUCAAAAUGGGGGGAGGGGCAACAGAGGGAAAAAAAGAACCAAUGAAAAAGCGAGUUUUGUUGUUGUUUUCUUGCCGUGGUCAUGACGAUGUAAAGUUCUGUUUUAAAGAAUGUUGUUGUGUUUGCAUGACGUGAAGACCCCAUGAGAUCACAAUGCAAGACCACAGAUCCUAUUCUAUAAUGCCCUACGUUUGACCAGAACCCAUGUGGCCCUGGUCAGAGUAGUGUACUAUAUUAUAGGGAAUUAGGGAGCUCUGGUUAAAAGUAGUGUACGAUAUAAGCCAGGGAAUAGUGUGCCAUUUCAGAUUUGCUAUAAGGCUUUAUUCUUCUGUAAUAUUGUUGACUUGUUAAUAUGGAUAAUGUUAUUACUAUAAUGUAGGGUUUCCCAACCCUUUCCUCAGGUACUGACAGAUAUUUCACAUUUUAGUUUUAACCCUAAACUGCCAGCCAGGUUCAGUUCGUCAACUAAUCAUCCACCCUUUAACUAAUUGAAUCAGGUAUGUCAGUUCAGGGUUAAAUAUGAAACGUUUAGGGGAGGCCAGAGAAAAUAGUUGGGAAACACUGCUAUAAUGUUAUUAUUAUUAUUUUAUUAUGAUGUUUGAGAUGUUAUUAUGUAUCAGUUUAAAAGUAGACUCCCCAAUAUGACAUCAUAAAGGAGCGGGUCAACUGCUUAUAAGCAACAUCAUCAUCAACAGAAUUCAAUGCUGCCACUAUUGGCUCUGCAACUAUUGUCUCCAAAUUGUGCCCUCCCUUGAGGAGAUUUGAAUGCUGUUGUUGUUAUUGUUUCUGUUUCCCCGCUGUAUAUGAUGCCAUAUUGCUGAGUGUACCUUUAGGGAAAAGAGAAACACAGAGCAAUAUGCCCCUAACUGCUGAAGCCACUCGUCUUUUCUAAAGAGCGUUUUACUACAUAAAAGUUUUACUUGAGAUGAUGAAUAAAUUAUAGGUUUUAUGUCAUAUUAAACAUUGUGUCGCUGGUCACAA